AUGCUCCCAACUACUCCCCCAACCUUUGCCAAGCAGGUCAAAACCGAAGCUAUUCGCAGGUCAUACAAUGCAGGGGUCUGGCUCCGCGGUGCCUCUGUUAUGUAUAACUGGACAUCUUCAAUUUCAAAUGCCUCUUCAAAUAUAUCGUCGGUCUGGCAAGCUCGCACAGAUGGCCUUCUCUCGGCUACGGACCACUUCUUCAGCAAGGCGAAUGUCAUGUACGAGCCAAACUGCGAUCCGAGAAACGACUGCAACAUCGAUCAGUUGAGCUUCAAAGGGUACUUAAGUAGAUGGUUGGCCGAGAUGACCCAAUACGCCCCCUACACCUAUCAAAAAAAAGACAACCAAGCUUCGUCCGACGGCUCCAAGCUGUGGUAG